AUUUUGUUGACCUAUUUUACAUCUAAUUGAAAAUUAAUAGUCAUUGCUGUUUAGUUAAUAAGCAAUUUAAAAUGUCAGUAACACGUAUAAAUCGUGGCAUUAUAGCGACUGCCCUCGUCGGUAUAUUGGUGUCGACGUAUGCGCUGUACGUGGAGAUGGCGGCGGAGGCGCGGCCCGGCUACCAGGCCCUCUGCGACCUUUCUGAACACGCCAGUUGUACACGAGUGCUUACAUCAGAAUUUUCCAAAGGAUUUGGUUUUGUAGCCGAAGAUUCAACUUUCGAGGUUCCUAACUGUAUAUACGGGAUUGUAUUUUAUUGCAUUAUCAUAUAUUUAUCAACAUUUGACAAUGCAGCGGUAGUACGGCUUCAACAGUUCCUGUGUUUAGCCUCAGUGGUGUCCUGCGUUUAUCUCGGUUACCUUUUACUCUUCGUGUUAUUUGAUUUUUGUAUAGUUUGCGUUUCAACAUAUAUAGUUAACGGUAUGCUUUUGGUCUUUGUAAACAAGAAGAAAGAUUUCCUGGCUACCAAAAAUAAGUAAACAAGUUAUAAAGUUUUACAUAAAACAAAAUUGCAAGCUUAAUUGGUAAUUUUAGUGCAUACUAGUGCCAUCUUGUGUUAAGAAAUGUAAAUAAUAUUGUAGCGCCAUCUAUUGCAGAGUAGAAUAAAAUGAUGUUGUUCAUAGAUGGCAGGCUUUUGUAUUAUAUUCUCGCCGGUUUUGUUGUUGACAAGUUUGACAAGUUAUUUAUUUUAAUCCCUUGUAUUUCAACUUAAUAUAAAAAAUCAGUUAAAUCUCCUGUAUGGAAUAUUAA